CAACUUUCCCAAGUCUGUGCACGAGAGGGAGAGGAGGAAAACAGAAGGAAGUAGCUUGGCCUCGAUAAGCUCUUCUGCUCCAGAGCCUUUUUCCUCUGAACCGGCUGAGACCUUUGCUCUAAGAGGAGACCCCCAGACUCCGAGAGAGAGAGAACGGCCCGCCUGCCCUCAGGGGAGGCCAGAUGCUAAGCAGCCACAGCUAGAGCAAGUGGGGGAGAGGCAGAGAGAGGGAGACAGAGAAUUUGAAGCCGGCUCUGUGCUGACAGCAGCGAGCUCAAGGUGGGACUGGAACUCAUGAACUGCAAGACCAUGAUCUGAGCCGAAGUCGGACACCCAACCGACUGAGCCACGCAAGUGCCCCUGAAAGAGCUAACAUCUCUUGAACCUUUAAUUGCGGCCGGCUCCGAAGCCCCUCCAUGAAUCCCCGGAAGAAGGUGGACCUGAAACUCAUCAUCAUCGGAGCCCUGGGUGUGGGAAAGACCUCCCUCCUCCACCAGUAUGUGCACAAGACAUUUUACGAGGACUACCAGACCACACUGGGGGCCAGCAUCCUCUCCAAGAUUAUCAUACUGGAUGACACAACUUUGAAGCUACAGAUCUGGGACACGGGUGGACAGGAGCGGUUUCGCUCCAUGGUGUCCACAUUCUACAAAGGCUCUGAUGGCUGCAUCCUGGCUUUCGAUGUCACCGACCUAGAGUCUUUUGAAGCACUGGAUACCUGGCGGGGUGACGUCCUGGCCAAAACGAUUCCGAUGGAACCGUCCUACCCCAUGGUGGUGCUGGGAAACAAGAUUGAUCUCGCAGACCGGCAGGUGCCCCAGGAGGUGGCCCAGGGCUGGUGUAAAGAGAAAGAUAUCCCCUACUUUGAAGUCAGUGCCAAGAAUGACAUCAACGUGGUACAGGCCUUCGAGAUGCUGGCCAGCCGGGCUCUGUCCAGGUAUCGAAGCAUCUUAGAGAAUUACCUCACAGACUCCAUCAAGCUCUCACCGGAAGACCAGUCCAGGAGUAGAUGUUGCUGAUCUUUCAGUCUCCCGCUCUGAUGCCCAGACAAAGUCUGCCCACAGCCUGGGCAUCCCAGCCCCCACCAGCCCUUCCCUACCCCCACCCCCACCCCGUCUGCCCAAGCCCAGCCCAGGCACUACCCUCAUAUCUGUGCUGGGCCCAGAUCAGAGCACAGCCCCUGCCUCGGGCUGAGUGUAGUGAGGACGGGGAACCCGGAAUGUCACAGCCAAAUCUCAGGCCGGGAGGAGUCACCGUUCCCUGGCUGGCGCCAGCCUUCCUGCUACCUGCCCUCCCCAAACACACUCUCGCUCCAGAACGCACAUCUCUGCAGACAGGCCACUGUGUCUGGAGUCCCGUUACGUUCUCCUGGGAACUGGCCUUCCUCGCUCAUACCGCCACGCACCCGCAAAGCCACGGCACAGCUUUGGACAAGGGUGCAGCUCAGGCCACCCCGGCUACCAGCGCCAGAAAACGAGGGCCUGCCUCAACCCCUGGUGGCCACUGUCCAGGCCUGGAACGGCACUCCACCCCCUCCAGGGUAUAGGACAGAGGGAGCCCAGGAGAGGCACCCAGGAAGGGCUCAUUCCUCUCUGCUGGAUGCGCAGACAACUCCUCUAAAUCUCUCCGAGCCUCAGCUGGCUCAUCUGUCAAAUGGGGGUGGUUUGUGUCCUGCCGACCUCAGGGUAUAUGGUUUCGAGGACCAGAAGCUCUGCUUAAAUCUCAGUUGCUCUUGUUGAUAUGCAUUUAUUUAUUUCUCCAACAAGUAUUGUUGAACAUCCGCUAUGUACAAUGUGCCGAGGUCCAGUGACAAAUGAAACAAACGAGGACCCUGCUCUCCUGGACCCGGCUUUCCGAUUAGGGAGAGAAGCGAUAGGCACAGAAUUUAAACAGAUAUUUUCAAAUAGCAGAUGAGUGCUUGGACAAAGCAACCGAGGUAAUGGGAUAGAAAGGGACAGAGACUGGGGUUGGUGCUGUUUCAGACAAAGUGGUCCAGGAGGGCUUCCCUGAGGAGGUGUCAUUUGGCCCCAGGACUAGAGAAUGAACAGAUGACUUUCAUUAGAGAUCUGGACAAAGAGCAUUCCAUGGAGAGGGAGCAGAAAGAGCCACGGCCCUGAGGUGAGGACAAAUUUGCUGUGUUCCAGGAACAGUGAAAGAACUUUCAUUUACCUGAGGACUCAAAGCUGAUAUCCCAGAGACAAGCAAAAGGGAUCCUGCCCCCUGAGUGGCUCCUUGAUGCUCUGCUGACUGGCCACCAGAGGGCAGCAGUGCUCCUUCCCUCCCGUGCUGAGUGGCCAGUGGCUUCUCCAUGACCCCUAAAGAAGGGCUUUUCUCUCUCUAUGCUGAUCCUCAAAGCUUGUUCUCAGACUGGGGGCAUGUUUGGUCCUGCAAGAUUUAUGGGGCAGGAGAAUCCCAAUUUCUUACAGCUAAUAAGAACUGAGCCAAAACUGUAACAUCAAUGAUUCAGGCAAGAAAUCCACAUAAGUGACAAAUGCUAGAAUUGAGGGACCUGGAAAACUCACGGACCCCCUCUCCCUGCAGAUUCUUCCGGCAACAGAUAGCAUAGACAGGACCCAGCCUGAAGAGGGUGGGCAAAAUGACCACUCAGAGGCUCCCAAGCCACAUCCGUGCCCUCCGUGGAAGCCUCCUGUCUACACAGACGUAUCUGGCCCUGAGCUCCGAGCAAAGCUGGGACGUGAGCCCAGGACUUCUGAUGGCAUCUGAUUCUGAAGAUACUCCCAGAGGCAGGGGAUCCUGCAGGGGAGAAGGGGUCAGCAGGAGAGUCUGGGGAGCCUCGUCUGCCCACCCAGCUGUGGAGUAAGGGCUGGCUCAUCCCGGGCAGCAGCAUGGAUCUGGCAGAGAGCAGGUGGCUGGGAGCACGCCGCCGUCUCUGUGUCCUUCCUGGGAGUGGCAUUCUACACCUCACACAGGCCCUCCUGGGAGUGCAUCGGACGGUGGAUGGGAUGUGUGGCGUUUGGGCUUCUGUAUCCUGUGUAUGCAGCACCAAUGGACGUGUGAACUGUUUCAAAACGUGUGCAACAAAUAAUAAAUGUGUCCUCCUUUCUUUUUA